ACAUUAAACACGUUUAGUUCAUCUUCCAGCCAGCAGGGGGAGACAUUCUUGUGUAAAUGUUUAAGAGAGGAAGCUCAAAAUGGCGAUCCAGGGACCAGGGAGGUCUACGGGUCUCCUGUCCUCCGUCCCCCUGCAGCUGCUGCUCAGCCUCACCAGCGUCUACUUCGCCUUCUUCUUCCUCUUCACCCUGGGUCUGAUCAUCAGAAAGAGCCUGCUGCUGUCCUAUCCCCUGGACGCUCUGGCCUGUGAUGUGGCCCUCCUCUUCCUCCUGGCUGCUCUGCAGGGUCUCCACUUCUUCUUCGGUGUGAAGGGGAACCUGACGGAGAGCGAGGUCUACAUAGUGGGUAACCUCAUGGUUACGGUGACAACUGUCCUGUUGACGGUCUACUUCCUGGUGUGGCAGACCUACGUGCUGCGAGCGGACGUGAUCUUCUGCAGCGUCUUACUGGCUGUCUACGGCUUGGACGGAGUCCUCGCGCUCAGCACGCUGGCUCGAUUCGCCAGUGUCUAUUCAUGAAGAAGAGCUUCCUUCAUCAUCUUUGUGGGUACAGCGGAACCAGCAAGUCUACAUUUUUGAAGACUAAAAGAAAAAUCAGUCAGGAAAAAAAACUCUUUGAUUUAUUGAGAGUUAAUGGACAAUCCUAACUUGUUUUUUUAAAAGGAAUUAUCUGAUUAUAAUGCUGAGCUAGCCAUUAGAACAGUUUGAUCCCUGUAUGCUGGCAUGACAGACUUCUGACGUUUUUUAUUUCUGAGAAUAUGGAUCUCUUUUACAUAUUUCAUGUUCAAGUUUUGUCCAUUAGAGGGCAGAGUGGUUUUGAUUAAAAUAAUUCGAUUUCAACUCAUGUUUGAAAUGCAUGAGGAGUCAGACUGUUGCAGUUUUUUUUGUUGUUGUUGUUUUU